AUGGGUUCUGAGGAGACCAGCAGCCGGGCCCAACCCUCAGGAAACAGAACCCCCACGGAGGCUCCUGAGGAGCAGAGCAGAACACAGAUACUUCCCAGAUUCCAUGUGCAGAAUGAAGCUGUGAGAGUCCUGAAAAUGGGUGUGGCCCAGCAGGGGUAUGUGGGCUGUGUUGGACCAAUAGCACCUGGAUUGGGAGCUUGCAGAGAUUGCCGGAAAGAAUUGGAAGAGGUCCGGGACCUGACUUCACUUCUGCAAACACACCUGGGGAGGUUCCCUGAAAAGGGCAACUUUCAUCAACUCUCCUCUCAAGAUGCCCCUGGGAAGGUAUGCAAAGCAGCACCUGCUGGAGCCCACCAGCCAUACAGGGAAGAGACUGCUCCCACCGUGUCCCCGGCUCCUCUGACUGAGCAGCCUCUACCUCAAGCCUCCACCCUUUCUUCAGAUUCAGUUCCCUCCUCAUUUUCUGUUCACUCAGAUUCCUCCUUGAGUGCCUCUCAAAUACCAGAGUCUUCCCUUCCCCUGGACAGCCUUUCACCCCAGCCACUGGCUGUUUCUCCUACACCACCAUGCUUUCCUGAUGCAGUGGCCUGCCCUGCACCUCCGACAGCCUCCUCUGUCCCACAGCCACCAGCCACCAUGCUGAAUCUCAGUCAGGGUGAAUCUAUGGCACUCCCAUUGGGCACCAUCUCACACAGGUCAUCUCUACCCUCCCCUUGGAGACCAGCCAUCUCAGGCCUACUCCAUUCAAGCUGCCCCCUUUCAGCACUGUCUUGGUGGCAGGGGGCUGAAAAAACCUGGAGCUCUUCCACUCUGACACACUUUGAGUCCCAGAAAGAACACCUUUCCAGUCACCCAGAAGAGGCCUCAUUUUGGGGAGACCUCACAAACAGACAGGUAGAGGCUGGUAGCCUCUCUUUUGUGAACCCGGAUGUCCAGAAGCUGCUGGAGAUACUAAUCACCAAGAGAGUAGAAUUAAAGAUUUGGAAGAAGAAAGGAAAGGAGGUGGAGGCAGGCUUUUGGAUCAUAAAAGGCAAACCAGAACGACUGCUUGGUCCCGAGAAGGAGAGCAGGCCUUCCCAGGCCCACAUCUCUGUCACCACCCCUUUUGGGGAUUUGAUCAGGCCUGAGGUUUGGGAGAAACUGGAUCACCACCUUUCUAAAAGGUUCAUGCAGCAACAGAGUGACCUGCCCUGCAGAAUCCAAGCUUCUCAGAAAGUUAUGCAGACUCAGGGCAAAUUCCCAAAGCUUUGUCAGGUACAGGCUAAGAAGGGGCCCUCAAUACCCUCUGCAGUUCUCGGCAAAAGCAGCCAGGACACACAGAAGAUGAGGUCCAGAUCCUCAGCAAGGAUCCCACCAGAGAAGGACCUUUGCCAGGAUAUAGAACAAAGUGUGGGGAAGAUCGUAAAAGACCUGUACAUGAUCUCAGCCAACACCACAGUGAAGGUUCCAAGGGUGAAGCCUGAGUCACAAAGAGAGUUGAGCCCAGACAGGAAGCAUCCAGAAGAUUUGGGAGUCCUUAUGGGCAUCAACACUAAGAUUCAAGAGAGUCCAAACCCUGUGGGUGUCCAUUGUUUGAGACUUGCUGCCAAUCAUAUCGUAGACCUUUCUGGAGAGUCAAAUGUUUAUCAAGAAACAGAAAAUCUAGAUUCCUCUCAGGAUGGGGAAGCCUCCAUGAACACCUUCCAUGAGCCUCUUGUCCUCAGUCCUUAUGUCCGACAGGAGUUGGAAGCAUAUAUACUAAAAUUUCAGGUGAAGCAUAUGUGGGGCUUACUCCUCAAGGUCCUCAAGGUUAUACUUCGCUUGAAGCUGAGAAAGGCCCACUGCAUACCCCUUCCAGGAUCCGCCUUGAAAGCUACUCGUGAAUCUGGGGACCACUCAAAAGCCCAGUCUCCAGAGAUGUUUGGAAAGCUUCCUCAGCCUCAAGCUGGAAAGAGAAUGAUAACAGCUGAGGCAGCUUCCCCCAUGGAGACUGCCUUCCCCACUCCCUCAUGGGCCAGCGAGGAAACCCGAGGACCCCUACCUGGUGGCAUCCUUAAGCCCUCAGAGGUCCCUCUGACUAGACAGGGAGACAAGCCACCUUCUCAGACCCCUAUGUACAACUUUGUGGGCAGAAUCUGGCACAAUGAGUGUAUCAUGGGGGCUGAGAAGGGCAACCUGGAGCCUUGGAGCUGUCCAAGUCCAGCAACGGUCAGGAAUGUGCCACAGGAGGAAGCUGGGGGAUGGGCUUUCCCAGACUCCUACUCUAGCGUGACAGUAGUGGAACUUGAUGAAAGGUCCCAAUCUCCCAUGGAACAAGAGGCCAUAGAGGGGGACUCUGGUUGGAAAAGUACUUUUGAACCUUGUUUGCUGAUCAAAUCACAAAGUAAUAAUAUGGAUUUGAGAUCACAGUCUCCAAAAUUCAAUAAAUGCUUCUCAUUGAAUACAAAGUCUGUUGCCUCAAGUCUAGAAGAUCUACACUUUGAUGCACAGUUUCGUAAGCUUGAGUGCCAAGGUUUCACAGAUAGGCAGAAACAGGCUCAAGGUCAGGCCACUGGCCUGCUCCUUCAAGACUGUGAAACUGGGGCCACUGGCACGCUUCUCAAAAACUGUCGCUCAGAUAAGUUCAUUGCUGCAAACAACUUGGCUUCUGAGGAAUCCCUGUCCUGUUCCCAGACUUUGUCCAGUGGAGGCACGACCAAUUCCCAGAUGCUCUAUGAUGUUUCAUCAACCGGAGGGAGCAGCCAGGGGCAGCAGGAAGUCCUAAGACGGCAGCCCCAACGUACAUGCCAGAGCAAGAAGUUUGUCCCCACUGAUGGGAGAGGGAAUUAUAGAAGGUCCAAACUAGGACAGCGUAAAAAAAGACUGGCAGAAUGGAGGGCCUACCAGGCCCGCAGGAUGAACCACUCUGGCCAGAAAAAGGAAUCAGCAGAAUCACUAAGCAAGUCCUACCAGUCUACCUUGAAGAAAGGACGGGUUCCUUUAGAAAGCCACUUCAGAAUAUGGAUUAAGCAGCUUCUGCAGUGGAUUUUCCCCAAUAAAAGCAAAAGACCAGAAGAGCACCUGCAACAAGGCAAGCCUGUAGCAGCCACUACAGGCUACAGUAGCCACUACAGCAGCCACCAGACCCAGGAACCCCUCCAAAGUAGACUGAUAAUGGAGGGCAGGACUGCUGAGGCUCAGGUUCUCAUGACAGCUGUUGGAAAGAUCCUAAAGGAGAAGAUGGUGUUUCACUAUAGACCUCAUGCCUCAGAGUUACAUUGGUGCCAAGGAGAACUCUGGGCCCCAUUCGGUCCACAUUACUGCUACCAUAGAACCAUGAUACCCAACGGAGUGCCAAUACAGCAGCAGCCAGGGCUCGUGCUGAAGCUCAUGCGGGUGUACCACGCGCAGCCCUCAUGUAACAUAACCAUGGUGUCACUCCAGUCUAGCGCCUGUACAGGAGCAGCCAGCGCGUUCAUGUUGCCUGAGGACAGCACUGUGAUUCAGAUGAUGGAGAAUCUUCUCGACUCUCUUAAAAGCACUUUUGGUACUUUGCUGGACUCCAGUUCCACUUCCUGGGUGACUGAAACCAUCCUUGUUAUUCUGUUUGGACUGGGGCUCUUUUACCUGUUCCUUCCCUAUUUCCAGAAUAAACCAACUUUACCACCUCUUAGGAAACACAGAAACACCAGAAAGCAUCAAAUGCAGCUGAGCAGGAGAUGCAGGGAUAAGAAGACAGAUAGAGCUUUGAAAGCUUGCAGAGAUUGCCUGAAAGAACUGGAAGAGGUCCGGGACUUGGCUUCCCACCUGCAAAGACACCUGGGGAAGAUUACUGACAAGGGCACCGUUCAUCAGCUCUCCUCUCAAGAACGCCCUGGCGAGGUAUACAAGCAAGCCCCUGCUGGAGCCCACUAGCCAUGUAGGCAAGAGGCUGCUCCCACCAUGUCCCCACCUCUGCUGACUGAGCAGCCUCCAUCUCAGGCCUCCACAGUUUCUCCAAGAUCAGUGACCUCAGUUUCU